UGUAUACUUUAGUCUGUAUUCUAUGAAAACAUUUUAAUGUUUAUUGUGUCAUUUAAAUUUUUUUCUGUUCAUACCGUAUUCCAAACACACUUUUGAUUACACAUGAAUUUAUGUAAAUAGAUUCAAACCAAAACUUACCAAAACAUAGCAAGAUGGAAAAAGCUUUGCAAUUUGAUGUGAUUGCCUCCUGCACUAGUUCAAAAGCUCGUACUAGUUUAAUGAAAUUACCACAUUACACAGUGGAAACACCAGUGUUUAUGCCUGUCGGUACCAAAGGAUCAGUUAAAUCUGUUUUACCAGAACAGCUGGAAGAUAUCAACUGUCAAAUUAUUCUAGGAAACACAUAUCACUUGGGAUUACGUCCUGGAGUUGAAUUACUAAAAAAAGCCAAAGGUCUUCAUAAUUUUAUGGGCUGGAAACGUGCUUUACUUACUGAUUCUGGAGGCUUUCAAAUGGUGUCAUUGUUACAUAUGGCUGAAAUUAAUGAAGAGGGUGUUAAUUUUGAAUCRCCUUAUGACGGUACACAAAGCUUGUUGACUCCAGAGAAAUCUAUUCAAAUACAAAAUGCAAUUGGUGCAGAUAUUAUAAUGCAGUUAGAUGAUGUUGUGCCAACUACAUCAAAAGACAACARAAGAAUGGAAGAAGCUACGUACAGGACUACACGUUGGUUAGAUCGUUGUUUAGGUGCUCAUGAAAGACCUGAUGAACAGAAUAUAUUUCCUAUUGUCCAAGGAGGUCUUAUUGAAGAUUUAAGAAGUUUAAGUGCCAAUUUACAUUUGGAAAGAAAAGUGAAUGGUUAUGCUAUWGGUGGCCUUGUUGGUGGAGAAGAAAAAGAAGAUUUUUGGAAAAUGGUUCUUCUAUCUACUAAUUUAUUACCUUGUGAUAAACCUAAGUAUGUAAUGGGAGUUGGAUUUGCAGUAGAUUUAGUAAUUUGUUGCGCUUUAGGAGCAGACAUGUUUGACUGUGUAUUUCCUACAAGAACAGCUCGAUUUGGUUGUGCGUUAAUUUCAAGUGGUCAAAUUAGUUUAAGACAAAAAAAGUUCAGAAUGGAUUUUGGACCAAUUGAAAAAAAUUGUAGCUGUUCAACAUGUAAGACAUAUACUCGAGCAUAUAUACAUCAAAUUGUCAGUACAGAACCUGUUUCUUGCAGUUUAUUAUCAGUGCAUAAUCUAAAUUAUCAAAUGCAAUUGAUGAAAGGUAUUAGAGAAAGCAUCAAGGUAAACAAAUUUCCAGAAUUCGUCCAGGAAUUUAUGACAAAUAUGUAUCCAGAUAAGAAUUAUCCACAGUGGUGCCGUGAUGCACUACAAUCAGUGAAUAUAGAACUGAAAUAAAAAUGUAUAUUUUAAGCACAGAGUUCUGAAAAUUGUUUUAUAUUAUUUUAACUUUGGAUUCMUAAUCUUCAUUUGUUGUAAAUUAUCAACUACUACUAAAUAAUUAUUGAAUAAUAUAAUUUUAUUUAUUUAUUUAUUUAUAAAGAUAUACAUUAUUUAAGUUAGAUUGGUACUUACUAUAAUUUAUAAGAUUUUAUUUUAAGACUUGUAUUAAAAACAGAAAAAUGGACCAAAAUUUAUUGACAGAUGUUUCUAUAAAAAAUUUUAAUAAUUUAAUUCAAAUCUUAUCCCUGACCAACCUCCACAUAUAUUGAAAAGAAAUUGGAAUCGUGACCUACUACUCUGAGAAAAAAAACAACAACAACAACAUUAACUAUACAAUCAUCCUUGCUACACCUAGUAUAUAAUAUAAUAUAAUAAAACCUAAAUAUUUUUGUGAGGGGUAUUACCAGUGGGUGACUUCCCCUAUCAUGUGAAUCAUGUUAUGUUCAUUAAUUCUAAUUGUUAUCAUAAUGACUUAUUGUACAGAUUAUGUGUAUAGAUUGUCU